CAUAAGUCCGACUUAUCCUCACCAUGAAACCAUGAUGGUGGUAACGUUGCAAACUAGGAUUCUAAAAGCUAAAACGGUUAAGGAAUAACUUCGAAAUUUAAUGCAAAAAUUAAAAUAGGAAGUAUGCCAUCGGAUAUACACAGUCCUAAUUUUGAAUUCUAUGGAUAAGUACCGCCAAUUAUAGAAGAAAAUCGGUAUUUACUAAGAUUUACCGCCAAAUUUGGGAAGACAUUAAUGUAAUAAUUGAUAGUAUCUCUCAAAAAAUGGAAUGGCAUUAGUUUUGUAAUUAUCUUUUUAUAUCAUUUCAUUUUUGUUUAAUCUCCCUCUCUAUAAAUACCUCAGGUUUACGAUCAUGUAAGCAUAUCAAUCCUAAAACUUCAUCAGUAAAAUUGAAGACGGAAUUCGUCAAAGUUAGCGUACGGUUCGGAUAAUAUGUCGAGAAUUUCCCUCAGUUUUGUGGGGAUCUUGUUCCUAUCAUGCUGUGUAAGCAUGGCUAUAGCUGAAGAACAAUAUGUGAAAUAUAAAGAUCCUACGCAACCAAUAGGUGCUCGGAUUAAGAACCUAAUGAGUCAGAUGACUCUUGCAGAGAAGAUUGGGCAGAUGAUACAGAUUGAUCGGAUAAACGUGACAGCUGAUACUAUGAAGAAUAAUUUUAUCGGGAGUUUACUGAGUGCUGGUGGUAGUGUUCCUGAGAUAAACGCUUCGGCUGAGGCAUGGGUCAAUAUGAUAAAUGAGUUCCAGAGAGGAGCUCUUUCUUCGCGUCUCGGGAUACCUAUGAUCUAUGGAAUUGAUGCUGUUCAUGGGCAUAACAAUGUCUACAAAGCCACAAUAUUCCCUCACAAUGUCGGGCUUGGAGUCACCAGGGAUCCUGAUCUAGUGAAGAGAAUCGGAGCUGCUACUGCUCUAGAAGUUCGAGCUACUGGCGUUCGGUAUGCUUUUGCUCCAUGUAUAGCGGUUUGCAGAGAUCCAAGAUGGGGCCGGUGUUAUGAGAGCUAUAGCGAAGACUACAAAAUUGUACGAAGCAUGACGGAGCUCGUUUCAGGACUACAGGGUGAAAUUCCAGCUGAUGCUAGGAAAGCUGUUCCUUAUCUCGGUGGAAAGACUAAGGUUGCUGCAUGUGCAAAACACUUUGUGGGUGAUGGUGGAACUAUCAAUGGGAUCAACGAGAACAACACAAUUGUUAGCUGGCAUGAAUUACUCGAAAUUCACAUGCCUGCUUAUGUUGACGCCAUUAGGAAAGGCGUUUCAACCGUGAUGGUUUCUUAUUCGAGCAUCAAUGGAGAGAUGAUGCACGCAAACCGUGGUUUGGUCACUGACUUCCUCAAGGGAACCCUGCGUUUUCGGGGUUUUGUCAUCUCAGAUUGGCAGGGAAUUGACCGCCUUACAUAUCCACGCCAUAUAAAUUACACUUAUUCAGUUGAAGUCGGAAUUAAUGCUGGCAUUGAUAUGGUCAUGGUUCCCUAUGACCACAAUGAGUUUAGCACUAUACUAACCAACCUGGUCAAUAAGAAUGUCGUUCCAAUGAGCCGUAUCGACGAUGCAGUGAAGAGGAUCUUGCGUGUCAAGUUCACUAUGGGUCUUUUUGAAAACCCAUAUGCUGAUCUCAGCCUAGCUGACAAGAUUGGGUGCAAGGAGCACAGGGAGUUGGCUAGGGAAGCUGUUAGGAAAUCACUUGUACUAUUGAAGAAUGGAAAUUCCUCAGAUAACGCAAUCCUGCCUCUACCGAAAAAGGUGCCUAAGAUACUUGUUGCAGGAACCCAUGCCAAUAACUUGGGAUAUCAAUGUGGUGGGUGGACACUUACAUGGCAAGGAGUUUCCGGCAAUAACUAUACUGAGGGAACUACAAUCCUCAAUGCCAUCAAAGCCACUGUAGACCCAAGCACAGAAGUUACCUACAAUGAGAAUCCUAAUGCUGAUUUCCUCAAGUCCAACGACUUCUCCUACGCCAUUGUUGUAGUUGGUGAAUACCCUUAUGUGGAAACUUUCGGUGACAGUCAAAACCUCACCAUUCCUGAACCAGGACCCAGCACAAUCACUAACGUAUGCGGCGCUGUUAAAUGUGUCGUUGUCGUCAUAUCCGGACGUCCUGUUGUCAUCGAACCAUAUGUAUCAUCGAUAAAUGCACUAGUGGCUGCUUGGCUCCCUGGAAGUGAAGGACAAGGUGUAGCUGAUGUUCUUUUUGGUGAUUAUGGGUUCACUGGCAAGCUAGCAAGAACCUGGUUCAAGACUGUUGAUCAACUUCCAAUGAAUGUAGGGGACUCCCAUUAUGACCCGCUUUUCCCAUUCGGGUUUGGGCUGGAGACCAAACCUGUAUCUACAAAUUAGAAACUUCGCUCCAGAUUUUUUUUCUUCUUAAAACCCAAAAUUCCAAAGAACAGAAGCUUGUAU